AUUAGUUUAGAGACUCUCUGAUGAGCUGAGAGCAAAUCGAGAGAGAGAGAGCAUCAAAAAUGGAUAUACACUUACCAGAAGAAUGUUGGGAAUUGAUCUGUAAAGCUAUGGAAGAAGAUGACUAUCGAUUCCUGGAAUCAGUUUCAGUGGUAUCAACCUUGUUACUCUCCAUCACAAAUCGCGUCCGCUCUACUUUCGUCAUCACCGAUCGAACUCUUCCUUCACUCGACCGUCACCUCCUUCGUUUCCGUAACUUGAAGCGUAUCAAAUUCUUCGAUUUCAAUCACGAUCUCAAUUCGACUCUUCUCCAAGUUUCCCGUUCCGGUUUAGAUCUCGAAUCAGUCGACGUCUCGCAGAUGCGUUGUUUCCCAGAUUUCGAGUCAAAAUCGAUGACGAUGAUGAAGGAAUUGAAAUGUUCCGGAGUUGGGGGUUUUCAAGAUAGCAAUCUAGUUUCCAUCGGAGCGAGUUUCCCGUUCCUGGAGAAGCUCGACAUAAGCUACCCAAAUUCGAUUCCCAGCAAAGUCUCUGAUUCUGGGGUUAUCAGUCUUUCCUCAAAUCUCAAAGGUUUGUUGAAGAUUAAUAUCUCCGGUAACAGUUUCAUCACUGAUAAAUCUUUGAUAGCUCUCUCUCGUAACUGUCUUCUCUUGAGAGAAAUCAUCUUCCGUGACUGUGAUUUCAUUUCGUCUGAAUCCAUCAAGUUCCUUUUACACAAUUCCAAAAACUUAGAGUCUCUUGCUAUCAAUGGAAUCGGGUUGAGGCCUAGGGAGUCUCUCCCAAGCGAUGCUUUCAGAUUUGCUCGUCGUUUGAUUGACCUUGAUCUCUCCGAUUCGUUUUUAUUCGAUGAGUUGCUCUGUUUCGUUGCUGAUGCGAAGUUACCUUUAAAGAAGCUUCUUCUCUCCAAUUGUCAAGGUUUUACUUUUGAUGGGGUAUGUUACUUGCUUUCCAAGUACCAAACACUUCUUCACUUGAACCUUAAUGGAGCUAAUUUCCUCUCUGAUGAUAUGAUUAUGAAACUAGCGUUGUUCUUCCCGCGUUUAACCUUUGUGAACAUUAGUUUCUGUUCUAAGUUGACUGGUUUAUCAUUCUUUACCGUUAUUGAAAGAUGUGUUUCCCUGAGGUGUAUGAUUAUGGAAGGGACGAAUUUUGGAUUGGAAGACUAUGAUGAUGACAAGGAACUGGAUGAUGUCAAGUCAAGGAUCAAGUUCUUGUACCUAUCUAGAAACCACAACUUGCGUGAUGAGUGUCUCGAGAAGAUAUCACGUUACUGCCCUUUUAUAGAAAGUCUUGACGUCGCGCAAUGUCCUGGCAUUACUAGAGAUGGGAUUCUUCAUGUUUGGAGGAACUGUGGCGACCUAAGAUCUUUGGAUAUCAGUAGAUGCACUGGGAUAAGGAGUCUUGGUGUAGUAGUAGACUUUGAGCUUCCAAAGUUGGAGUCUUUGCGAGCAUGUGGAACUUGGAUCGACGACCAAGCCUUGGAUAUGAUCAGCAAAAGAUGUAGAGGGUUGUUGCAUCUUGAUCUUCAAGGAUGCUUGAAUGUGAGUUCGAAAGGGGUGAGGGAAGUUGUGCAGAGAUGCAUACGUUUAAGAGAGAUUAACCUCAAGUAUUGUGAAGCUGAUGAUGGAAUUUUCACUUGGAUGGUUUUUGCUAAUCCAUCUCUUAGGAAGAUCGUACCGCCAUGUGGUUUCUCUCCAACUGAAAAACUUCAGAACUUCUUGCUCCGUCAUGGAUGUGUAAUCUCCCACGAUUCUUCUGAGUUGCUUUCUUUAGAAUACCGUGCCAAUGGAAGAGAUGAUGACACACUGACUAGACUGAUUAUUUGAGCUGAUUAAGUCUUCACUCUAGAAAGACCAUUUAAAACAUCCAUUGCAUGCGUCACACUGCAUAUGUAAUCUGGAUGAUUUUUUAGUGCGUUUCGUGAAGAGCUACUCAACCACUUAACUUUUUCAUCCGGGCUCCGCUUAUACUUGCAGCUCUGCUUUGCUUCCCGUCAUCCUUUGGUUUCUGCUCUACUAGUUGUUUCUUCUUGGGUCUUCCAGCUUUCCUCCGUUUUUCUUCCUUUGGAAGCUCUGUUAUUGCAACUCUGCUCUGUGUUUCAUCCUAGAAUAAUGCACAAAGUAUCAGCUUAACAACAGACCAAUGCCAUAUUUCUUAAUGGUAACAACAAAUCUAACAUAACAAGCCAGUUUUUAUA